CUGUGGUGUGCAGCUGGAGUCAAUCUUAUGGGAUGGAGACCUUUGGAGCAGGAGCCUGGGAAUGGGCAGAAACUGGAUCCCGGACAUGAUCCCCUCACCUGUGACAGGGAAGUGGAAGGCGAGAACAACAAAAGUAACCACACAUCUCCGGAAAAGAAAAAGGCAAAAGAGCUCCAUGAAAUGGAUGCCACAUCCAGUCGUGUCUGGAUCCUCACUAGUACGCUGUCAACAAGUAAAGUUGUAAUUAUUGAUGCCAAUCAGCCUGGCACAGUGGUGGACCAGUUCACUGUCUGUAAUGCUCAUGUGCUCUGCAUCUCCAGCAUCCCUGCGGCCAGUGAGAGUGAUUAUCCUCCAGGCGAGAUCUUUCUGGAGGGAGAUGUAAAUCCUGAAGAGUCAUCUGGAACAGAUGGUGUCUUGGCAGGAAUCACUCUGGUGGGCUGUGCGACCCGCUGCAAUGUGCCACGAAGCAACUGUUCGUCACGUGGCGACACACCUGUGCUGGACAAGGGACAGAGUGAGGUGGCUGCUGUCUGCAAUGGGAAGAUCAACCAGUCCCAGUCUACUGAGGAGGCAACAGAAGCUACAGAGGUACCAGAGAAUGGUACAAGCGAGGCAGAGCCUGCUCAGGCCCAGCCUGGGCCCCUCACCGAGCACGUGUUUACAGAUCCAGUCCCUGCACAGGCAUCUCUUAGGCAGAACGGGGAGAGUGGGCAGCUGAAGACGGAGUCAAGCACAACACUGCCAGAUCAGGAGUUGAAUGGGGAUGCUGCUGGGACUUGCACCAGUGCUGCCCCCACCAUGUGGCUGGGAGCACAGAAUGGCUGGCUUUAUGUGCACUCGGCUGUAUACAACUGGAAGAAGUGUCUGCACUCGAUAAAGCUGAAGGACUCUGUACUGAGUCUAGUGCAUGUGAAAGGGAGGGUUCUUGUUGCGCUGGCAGAUGGAACACUAGCCAUAUUCCACCGUGGUGAAGAUGGUCAGUGGGAUCUCAGCAAUUACCACCUAAUGGACCUCGGUCACACGCACCAUUCCAUCCGAUGCAUGGCUGUUGUGUAUGAUAGGGUCUGGUGUGGCUACAAGAACAAAAUCCAUGUUAUCCAGCCUAAGACAAUGCAGAUUGAGAAAUCCUUUGAUGCCCACCCUCGGCGGGAGAGUCAGGUGCGACAGCUGGCAUGGAUUGGAGAUGGGGUAUGGGUUUCUAUCCGCCUGGACUCCACUCUGAGGCUUUACCAUGCCCACAGCCAUCAACAUCUGCAAGACGUCGACAUUGAGCCUUACGUCAGCAAAAUGCUAGGCACUGGAAAGCUGGGCUUCUCAUUCGUGCGGAUUACAGCCCUGCUCAUUGCUGGCAAUCGCCUCUGGGUGGGGACAGGGAACGGUGUCGUCAUCUCCAUUCCACUGACUGAAACUGUAGUCCUCCACCGAGGUCAACUCCUUGGGCUCCGGGCCAACAAGACCUCACCCACCUCAGGAGAGGGCAACCGCUCUGGCGGUGUCAUCCACGUGUACGGUGAUGACAACAGUGACAAAUCGGCCAGCAGUUUCAUUCCCUACUGCUCCAUGGCUCAGGCACAGCUCUGUUUCCAUGGCCACCGUGACGCUGUCAAGUUCUUCGUCUCUGUGCCUGGCAACGUGCUAGCAACCCUGAAUGGGAGUGUGUUGGACAGCCCGUCGGAGAACCCCAGCACAGCGGCCACAGAGACCGAGGGGCAGAAGUUGAAGAACGUCCUGGUGCUGAGUGGAGGAGAAGGGUACAUCGAUUUCCGGAUUGGGGAUGGAGAAGAUGAUGAAACAGAUGAGAAUGCGGGAGACGCCACCCAAGCGAAGCCAGUACUUUCCAAGGCUGAGAGGAGCCACAUAAUUGUGUGGCAGGUAUCAUAUAUCCCUGAGUGAGAAUUUCUCCUUUCCCACAAAUGUAAGUGUCCCUCUUCCCGCCUGAAUGCCAAGAUGUACAUACAGAACACCUGCAUUAUACCUACUCCUGGAAACCAACCCCAGACAACUGCAACGGCUCCUGCCUUGGACUGUGACCCCCUUCUAACCUCUGAACUUGCAGCUUUCAUCUUGGGCCCGUGCGCUUUCUGCGUGGUUGGAUUAUUGUUCUGCUCUGGAGAUGGCAUCUACAAGGAGAGAAAUGGCAGUGCAUUGAAGAAGUGAAGCUUGGAGCUAGAGCUGUGCAAGGCCUUUGCCCAGCCCUUGGGAGCUGGCAGCUGGAUGGGUGGUUGCUCAGGUUCUCUGGCAGGUCACCUC